AUGGGGAACUCGCAGGGCAAGGGUGAUGUGGCGACCACCGGCCGUGCCAUUGCCAUUACCGGCGGAGCCGUGAAGGGAAAGGCCACGCUGCCCAAGCUGCCGGCAAAUGCUGUUAAGGCUCAGCCGGAGGACUACUCGUUCAUCGAGAAUGCUCUGGGACGGCUACUAUUGUUCACAAGGUUAGACCCACAACUUCAACGGAAGAUUGUGUCCGAAAUGUAUGAACGGACUGUGCCGGCGGGAGACAUUCUAAUCAAAGAGGGCGAUACCGGUCUUGCUGCUUCCGAGCUAUACGUCGUUAAGAGCGGCAAAUUUGAGGUGCUUCAAAAGCGACAGGGGCAAAAUGUCCGCGUCAACAUUAAGGAGCGCGGCGACUGCUUCGGCGAAAUCUCUCUGAUGUAUGACAGCCCUCGAACAGCCACCGUAGCGGCCACUAUGGACGCAGUUGUAUGGGCGCUUGACCGCCAAGUGUUCAGGUUUUUUGUGAGAGAGCUCCAGGAAACCCAGGUAUCACAGGUUGAGCUGUUCUUGAACAGCGUGCCUAUCCUGGCCAACCUGUCGCGCGAGGAGCGCAUCCGCCUUGUGGACGCGUUCGAGGAAGUUACGUACCAGGCCGGGCAAAAGGUUAUCGUGGAGGGUGAUAAGGGUGACCUAUUUUACAUCGUCAAAGAUGGGGAGGCCAUCGUGUACCAAAACACACCCCAGGGCCAGCGCAAAGUGAACCACCUUUUCAAGGCGGACUUCUUCGGCGAGCGCGCUCUGCUAAAAGAUGAACCCAGAAUGGCAACCGUGGAGGCUUACACGAAGCUCAUUUGCCUCACACUAAAGCGUGAAACAUUCCAGGAGAUCUUAGGUCCGCUGGAACAACUUAUGGCGCGCGAGAAAUCGAACCAGGUGGUGGCGCAGAAGAUGGCCAAGCUGCAACCCCGUGGCUCCAACGUACAUCGGCCGUUGGCGGACGUGCUGAUCAAGCGGAAAAAGAAGGGACGCAACGGGGACACCUGGGAGGUGGUGCGUGCGCGCGGGCACUUGGAUGAGGUGUCGGAGCUCCGUAAAGGCGGCACCAAGCUGGACGGCUUGGAGUCCGGGACGUCGGGUAAGGAGAGCAUCGCGCUGGUCCUUACAGAAGGGACGGUGCUUGGCGGUGGUGCUUUCAGCCGAGUAUCGAUUGUCAUGGAGGAGUCAACCGGUCGGCAGUACGCGCUGAAGCGCAUGCGCAAGUCGGCCGUGGUGCAGUGUCCGGAGCACGUCUUUUGCGAGCAGGCGAUCACGAAGAAUGUGGCACAUCCGUUCUGCAUCCGCCAAUACGCAUCUGGUUCCGACAAGUACCACCUGUACUUCCUGUUUGACCUGAUGCCCGGCGGCGAUCUGAUGGAUGUGCUGGUGGCGGAGGCCAAGGUCAUCAGGCGCCGCGUGCCGCAGGGCAACUGGCGGAUAGGCUGCCUAGCUCCCAAGGUGAAGAUGCUGCAGGGGAUGAGCGAGGACCUGGCCAAGUUUUACAUCGGUUCCAUCGUCCUGGCGCUCGAAUACCUGCACAACAACAACAUAGUGUACCGCGACCUGAAGCCCGAGAACGUCUUCAUUGAUGGCAGCGGCUACGUGAAGCUGGGCGACUUUGGUUUCGCCAAGGUGCUUGAGAACGGCAACAGGACUUACACCUUCUGCGGCACGCCCGGCUACGUGGCGCCGGAGAAUGUGCUGGCGCACGGCUACAACUACAGCGUUGACUGGUGGGGCCUGGGCGUGCUGAUGUACGUGCUUCUGACGGGUCGCCAGCCUUUCAGCACCCCAAAGACGGACGAUCCCAUGGUGGUCAUGCGCCGCAUUGUGGACGAGAACUACCAGAUCAAGUACCCGCCGUACCUUUCGCAGGCGGCCAAGGACCUGAUUGCAAGACUAUUGGAACGCAAGCCGGCGAAACGCCUGGGCAUGCUUAACGCGCGGGCGCUGGAUAUUAAGAACCACAAGUGGUUUGAGAACCUGCCUUGGGAGGAACUGGAAGCGCGCAGGAUGGGUGCGCCACGCAAGCCUAAGGAGGCCGACAGCAGUAAGCGCCUCAAGGAAAUGAUUGAGAAUGAGAAGAAGACCGCGGGCAAGACCCCGAAGGAGACGCCAGAGGAGCUGCAGGAGUGCGAAAUGGUCUUUGCGGACUUCUGAGCGCCAGCUAUAGCUUGUACAGCUGGCUGUGCGCGACGCUGCAGCGCGGUGGUGCUAAUAGCAUAGGCCAGCGCAGCGAGCGCUUGGUCUCUAAUCUCGGAAUACUCGAUUUUGCUUGUGCUCUGCGCAUGCUGCGCGCUCCUUGGCUGGAGCUUAUUGCUAGCGCAUUGCAGCGAUGGCACCUGGACCUUGCAUACGGCCAUGGCAUCUGGUUUGAAGGGGGCCGUGCCGUGGGUUCUUAUGUAUGUCUGCGGUGAAUGAUUUUGGUCACGAAACACAACACGUCGGUUACGCCACCCGCCUAUUGACUGUUUAGCCUCUUGUGAUUUCUUGCUAUUAUUGGCUUACAGAAAAGACACCGGUUACCAGUAGCGGUUUUACGUGUGUAGGCGAGCGGAGCCCGUGGACUGCUUGGUUUUGGUGUAGGACUAAUGCACUUGCACGCCCUUCAGCGCUCUGGGGUAAUGUGAUAUUCUUAUGGCCGGCUUGAACGCCGCAGCACUGGGGCCGCAUAUCGGUCUGUGGAUUGGGAUCUAGGCUGCUGGCUUGGUCCUCUGGUGGGCUGGGGAAACACUGGAGCGAUGUCGAAGCGCUGGUGGUAUGUGUAGGGGCUACAGAUUAAUAACCCGGAAAAUGGUACAGCUGUUCAUGGGGAGAGAUCUCUAGCUCGGUUCAGGUUACGCUGG